AACCCUUAUUAAGCAAAAAGCCCGUUCUCCUUUUCUCUUCCUCUUCCUCAUUCUCGCCGUUUUAUUAAUUGUUCUUUCGAGAAACCCAAAACCAGAGAGAUUUUUUUCUUCGCCUUGUUGUUGUCGGAGAGGAUCAGAGGAGUUUCUUGUUUCCAUUUCAGUUCACAAAUUUUCGCCUUUUUUAACGUGUUGCUUUCGGAAUUUGCAUAUCUAGUUUGAUUCAUGUGAGAUCUUGAGAUUGAGUUGUCAUCCAACUGAGACUCGUCAGGACCUGUUUUUGGGCACUAGAAAGAGAAUAUUGAUACAGGAAAUAAACAAUGGUUCGCUUGUUUUUGUCGGAACCUAACUGGAAAGAAGAUGGAGUUCGUGGAGAUAGUGUCGUUGCCAAGCAAUGGAUAUCGCUUUUGAACCAAUUGGAAUCCCUUAUCUGGUCGUUGAUGACUGCUGGCGGUCGAGCAGAAGCUCGUUUAUGGCUUUGCAGUACAAUAUCAGGCAUUACUUCCUUGACCUCCCGCCAGCAGCGGGACCUCUUUGUGAACUUACUGAGAACCAGGCCUACAAAUCAUAGUUUGGCUUCCCAGCUCCUGCAAAUGAUAUUUGAGAAGCAGCCGCGGAAAGCUGGACCCAUCAUAGCCAAGAGAAGUUAUAUGCUUGAGAAGUUCUUUGCAGGAAAUCCAAAGCUUAUAAUGCAAUGGUUUUCAAAUUUUGCUAAUGGGGGUGGAUUGGAUCACAAAAAGGGUGCCAAAGCAUUAUCGCAAUUUGCAUUUGUGAAUCGUGAUAUAUGUUGGGAGGAGCUUGAGUGGAAAGGAAAACAUGGGCAAUCCCCUGCUGUGGUGGCUACAAAGCCUCAUUACUUUCUUGAUUUGGAUGUCCAACGAACAGUGGAAAAUUUUCUUGACAAUGUACCUGAAUUUUGGUCUUCCACUGAGUUUGCUGAGUCCUUGAGAGAUGGUGAUAUUUUGUUCCUUGAUACCAAGUACUUUGUCGAAUUUUUUGUUGGCUUGAUGUACAAAGAGGAUUCAAGAGAUGUAUGGGAAGUUAUAAGUCAGUUUCUUAUGAAUGAAUCUUUUUCCUUUUUGUGUAACCGCCUCCUUAUCACUCUUGGAGACAGGGAAUUGUUCACUGUUCUGGAAUUGCUUCAUACAUAUUUAAGCAUGAAUAUGGAACCAGUGGAUUUUGGUAACUCAUCUUGUUGGCUUGAGUUUGCACUUUCUAGAUUCAAUGAUUGUGAAUCUUUUGAUCAGCUGCUUCUGUUAAAUGCUGUUAUCAAUCAAGGACGCCAGCUUCUGCGGCUUGUGCAUGAUGAAGAGUCGCAGGAGGAACAAACAAAAAUCAAGGACAUUGUAUCUCAGAUAUGCACAAUCUCAAGCACGGGAAACAGCUUGGAUCCUUUACUGAAUGAAUGCUUCAAGAUGAAGACAACAGAAGCAAUUAAGUUCUUGGGGCUUCAGUCUUGGGUUAUUCAUUAUGCAUUAUCAGACGAAAGCCGAAUUUCAGAAUCCUGGGAAUCUUUAUUUUCAAAUAAUGGUAUAAGUUUCCAAAAGUCUGAUAAAUAUGCAAUGCUACAUCACGUUGGAUUGUCAGAAGAAAGUGACUAUGAAUUGGAUAAUGUUGCAUCAGUUAAGAGAAAGCGCAGGAAGAAAAAGAAAAGUAGAAAAAAGAAAAGGAACUUUGAUGAUGAGGAAUUCUAUGAGAAUGAGCUGCUGGAUCUCGACACCUCAAAUAAUCAGCUAGGUUUGCAAUCUAAGGCUGGAAGUUGGUUGCUUUCCACGGAUGGAUUUUCUGCAUCAUGGACCAAUGUUGACUUGCCUGACCACCUCUCAAAGUUUUGCUUUUCUACAUGGAUGAAAUGGGUUUUUGCUAAGUGAUGCUGCUUACUAUUUGCAGCAUAGAUGGGCAAUAUCUUGUUGCAAGCAGAAUUCUUUCUGGUGCCAUAUCUGCUCAACUGAUUAACUUAGGUAAUUCAUAGUAUAUCAAUCAUCAUCAACUUUAGAGGUUGUUACAUUUCAGUUCCUCAUAUUCAAUUUGUUACCAUAAAUUAAAAAUAUUACAUAAACAUCCCUCAUUCUUAAAAAUGUUACAUAAAAAAUCUCUUAAUUCAUUUCCGUUCAUUUGUCCAUGGAACCGGUAUGUGGCAGUAUCACAGUGAAAAUAGGAACUUAAAGAAAUUAAACGUGCCACACAGCCAACACACUAUCUUCUUGAGGUGUAUCAUGUAUGAGGAUAGGAAAUAUCUUAUGUGGCAUUUUCUAUUUUUUAAUUUUUAUUUUUAUAUUGUGAUACUGCCACAUAUCAGUUUUAUUAUAGAAAUGAACAAUAAAUAGUGGAAAUAAUUUUUAUACGACAUUUUUAAAUAUUAUAAAUUUUGUGGUUCAAAUUAAAGACAAGGAACUGAAGUGUAACUAUCUCCAAAUUGAGGGAUGGUUAAUAUAAAAUUACCUGAUUAACUCGGGAUCUGCUGGUGGAGUACAUAUGAGAUGGUGUGUUAGCAUGUCCAGACUAUACUACGGAAUCCCAUGCUUUUUAGGGAUUAAACUUUGCAGAAGAACAUUUCAUCAGCAAUCAUUACUGCCAUAAGGUUUGAGAUUUAUGCUUUUUAUGGCUACUUUAGACUUCAAUAUGAACAAAAGUCUCAAGUACCGAAUGUUCAUUGUCAUUUUACUGCAAUUUUUUUCACCUAUGGCUAGGUUUCAGAGUGCAACCCUGCAUACUGAUCAAUGUGAGGUGGGAGAGCCAGCCACACACAUAGAUGUGCAGGAUGAAGAAUUGAUCAGAACUUUUUUGCUCGGAAUCUAAGUACUUGUUUGGUUCACUGUAGAGAUGGAAUGAGAAUUACUUCGUUCGGAGAACUCCGCAGCUCUUCCUCCCUCUCCCUCGCUCUUUCCCUGCCACUUAUAUCUGUGGAAUCGGAUUUUCUUAACUUGAUGUGUCACAGAUAAUCUGCCUCCAGCUAGUGCACUGGUUUGCUAGGAUUAUCCCUUGAUUUCACAACUCAUAAGCUCUAGACUCCAAUUCUGUAAGUUCAAGGUCUCAAUGUUGUUACCAAUUUCUAUCACUUUUGAGAUGCUUCUGUGACAAUGUAAGAGAGGUUUCCACAUCUAUGUGGAACAAAUUCGGUCCAAAUUGCCAACUCAAUGAACUGUAAAAACUUGAAAAUCAAGCUAUAAAUAUUUAUGUACUGGUAAAUUUUGUUCAGAAUUUGC